ACACACCGUACAGUGCAGUGCGUCUGCGCGCGCGCUCGAGGGGUGGUGUUGUGUUGAAUGAAUGUUGACCUGUGUCCAAAAUCUUUUGUUGUCGUCAGCAUUUUAACUUUUCGCUUUGUUCAAAGAACCGUUUAGGCUUUAGUUUAGGACUUUGGACAUCUAAGCCUGUAUCUGACUCUUCGUUUGUCGCAUGUGUUAUCAGCAGGGUUUUCAGCAAGAAGAUGUCGUCAGAGCCAGUUAUUCUCAAUGUUUAUGAUAUGUACUGGACCAAUGAGUAUACUACUCCUAUAGGAUUAGGAGUAUUCCACUCUGGUAUACAAAUAUAUGGCAUGGAAUAUGCUUACGGAGGCCAUCCCUAUACCUUUUCCGGUGUGUUUGCAAUUGCUCCACGUGAUGCAGAAGAAUUAGGAGACCAAUUCCAGUACAGGCAAUCAGUUCAUGUUGGGUACACAGACUUUACUGAAAAAGAAGUAAAAAAAAUAAUUCAAGAACUGGGAAAAGACUUCCGUGGGGAUCGUUAUCAUCUUAUGAAUAAAAACUGUAAUCAUUUCUCUGGGGCAUUAAGUCAGAUUCUCUGUGGCCGCGACAUUCCCUCAUGGGUCAAUAGACUGGCAUACUUUAGUUCUUGUGUGCCUUUUCUUCAACGGUGCUUGCCGAGAGAAUGGCUGACUCCGGCAGCCUUCCAGCAAUAUAGCACACCAAAUGCCCUGCAGCACACACUUAGUGCACGUGAUAACAGUCCUGAUGGUCCUUCCUCAUAACAUGAGGCUGCUGGGGCGGAUCAUGAAACACAUCCUCUCUAUGAAGAUGACACUCAGUCCGUCUCCCAGCUUCCCUUGCUGUACACCCAUGAUCAGCCAAGUUCAUGGCUGGGCAACCCCAAAGAACCACUGCCGUCCAGCUCUAACGUCAGUGAUGAAGAUUGAAUGUACUUCUGUGUUAUGCUUAAGUGGGUAACAGGAAUGUUCAACAUAUAUUUCUGUGUUAUAUUAAGUGAAGAUGUGAUUGGGUUAUGAAAAGAGUGCUUCCAGAGGAGUACAAGAAGCACAACAUUAAAAACUUUCAAAAACUUGAAUCAAAACUUUCCUGUAAGUCAUUUGUAUAGUAUUAAGCCUGUUGUCUCACAUUUUUAUUCUAUUUUCCUGUUUGGUUUGAAUGUUUUUAAAGCUUGUGUGGGACUCCUUCGGAAAAAGUGUUUGUGCAUGAAGUCUACUAUGACCUGAUUCCCUUUUUUCUCUGAACCCUGAAAUAUUAUUGGUUAAUGGUGAAGCAAGUAUUUCCCUGCAAAAAUAAAAAUUACUUGUUAUCUUGUUGUAAGAAAUUCUGCACUCUUGUGCAGUUAAGUUUUAAGAAACGAUCAUUCAUCUUAUAUGGCCCUGUUUUAUCAUACCUUUGUUGAUAACUCCCCCUUUAUUACAUAACAAAACAAUUUUCCUUAUGGUUUCUUUCAUAAAAAGUGAUCAAUUUUUUUUUUAUAAUGUUAUACCAUGGUGCUUUUUGAAACUGUUGGGAAGAUAUCUUUGGGAUUUUUCCAGACUCUAGGUAUCUGAUGUCAUCAUAACUCUUGUUUGACAUUCUGUAGAAAUAUUUCAAUUGAUGUAUCAGCAUGUUGUCACUAUUUGUAUUUGUCAGGAGAUGUGUUAAUGCUUACUACGUAUGAAAUUUAGUGUUGUUGAGUCUUUGCUGGCCGCUUUUUAUGUGCCACUGUAAAAUUAUUGCCUUAUCCUAGGAAUUAAAAUUUGCUCUUCAAAUUUGACCUCAGAUCUCAAUUUUUCUUGCCACUUCCUUUUUUAAAAAAUUCAAAGUUCACAUUUACUAUGUCAGUGAUUCCUCCCUGUGAAGAGGAAUGCUUUGGUUUGAGUCUGUAGUUCUCUCAAAUAUUUGUAUGUAUUUAAGUUAUUCAUGAAUCAUCAUAGCGUGACAGGUGACAUUUUGAGACAAGCAUUACUGUAGACUCCUUUGAGAGAACCGACUGCUUUUUUAUUAUUCAAUAAUCUGAGUGCGAAUGAAAUAAACCUUGCCUCUGUCUAUGAAUGAACAAACAGUUAUAAUUCCACAUUACUUGAAGUUUUUGUGAUUCUGUAUAUUUGGUGCUUUAUAAUCACUAGUUACUUACUGUACAAUUGGAUUUGAUACGGAGGUGGCUAUGCCUUGCCUAACUUUGUGUUUCAACAUUUUUUGUAAAAAAAAUUUGCAAUAUCAGCACAGUACGUUUGUAUUUACUUUACAGGUACAAUGUACAUAAUGUGAAUUGUUCUUGUCAUGGAUCCUUGUAUAACUAGUGGCAACCUGAAUGUAGAAGGCAUAACUGAAGGCAGAGUUCAAGUUUCCAGAAUUAAAGUGUUGUAUUCAGAGCCAAAAA